CCCCAGCAGCAGUCAGUAAACUGGAUUAAAGGGAGACGUUAUCGGACAGGUCGAUGGAAACAUAGUAGUAACGUUAACAGGAGGCACGUUUUACAACUUUGAUACAACUGGCUAACGCUUGUUGGUUGUUCUGGGCGAUGGUCCAAGUCAUGUUAUCGUUGGUGGUAAACUGAGUGAAGACUGUUGCUUCGAGUUUAGCAUAGGUAACGUUAACGUUAGCUAUAACGUUAGGUGUUAGCUAGGUAACCUCGGUGUUUACGGUGGCAUCGAGUAGCCCGUUGCUGUAGCCUGUCACGUUAUCGACAAAACGCCAGGUGGUCGGAUGCCUAGUAAAGAUGGGUGACAUAAACCCAUCGACAUCUCAUGCAUUUCAGUCGGAGGGUUUCAGUCCGCCGUACAGGAGGAGGAGGACAGUAGAGGACUUUAACAAGUUUUGCACUUUUGUCUUGGCCUAUGCCGGUUACAUCCCAUACCCCCAAGAGGACUCUCCACUGCGCAGUAGUUCCAGCCCACCCAACAGUACAGGCAGCACAGCUGACAGUGAUGGCUGGACCCCAGGACCCCCAGCCUCCUGCCCCCAGCGCCCUCCCAAGGUCCCACAGGACAGGAGCAGGAAACGUCCACAGCCAGGAGCCACGCUGUCCAGUCACACCAAGAAAGAUCACACAAUUGCUACCCUGCACCCAGACGACCGCAGGAAAGCUGACAAGCUGAAGAAGAAGAAGAGGAGAAAGGAGAGGGAGCAUCAAGCUGGUGAGGAAAGUGAGGCUCAGCAGGCCCACUCAUCAGUCCCAGAGCUGCAGUACCCUGUCUCCUUUGGUGGCCGAACGAUCAAAGAAGAGCCUGAGGAUGAUAUCAGCAUUCCCCUCCACCCCGAGCGACUGCCAAGCCCUUCCCCCUGCAAGGAAGAGCCCAAGGAGGAGCGUAGAUACUGGGAUGGUCGAGACCUUGAAGAAGGAGUGGUAAAGGUACAGAAGGUGGAGGGCUUUUCAGGAAACAGAACAGUGUUCCGCCAGGGGAAACAGGUGGUGUUCAGAGACGAGGAUGGAUCAGGAGAGGAUGAGGACAUCAUGGUAGAUUCAGAUGACGAUUCGUGGGACCUGGUCACAUGUUUCUGCAUGAAGCCUUUUGCAGGCCGGGCCAUGAUUGAGUGUAACAAAUGUAACACCUGGAUCCACCUGUCGUGCGCUAAGAUCCGCAAGAGCCACGUGCCAGAGACAUAUGUGUGCCAGAGCUGCCGAGAGACACACGGAGCCCCAGAUGCCCGCCGCUCCCACCGCUCACGCGUAGGCCCGCGCAAGCACCUGCUAGACUGACCCCAAGUUGAACCAUGAACCCUGACCCCUUCCUCUUUUGCCUCUCCUCCACCUGCUGGACUGACCCUUCCUCAAAUUCAGGUCUUGGACCAUUCAGUCUCUGUCCCUUAUGGUCAGCCAUGACCCACAUUUUCUAUAAACACUUUGGUGGACCUAUCCCAAGCCCUUACUCCAUUUGAAAACAGUUUGAGUGCUAUUUUAGAUUUACAUAGGUUUGUUUCUGCUUCCCUACAGACUCUGUGCGUAAGGCAAUCACUGAAUGGAUGUCUGUCUGUAGAUGACAUUAACAUAGCAGCAAACCGCUACUGUUGGGACUUGGUGUCUCGUGAACACUGGAAACAUUUGAACUGCCAUAUAGAGAGAAUACCCCCUCACAACUGCCACCCACUAUGGUGCAUGCUGGGAUUUGUGGGAAAGACUGUUUGCACUUUUUCACUUUUUUCUUAGUUUUAAAACCAUCUGACCUUUCUGUUAUAGGGACAGGUAUGUCUUUCUGAUUAAACUGGAUUUGAUUUCUCAAAGAUGCCUCUAUUAAUGUUAUACAAUUAACCGUUUUAAAAAAAAAAAAAAGAAAAAGAAAAAAAGAGAAAUAAGUUAAACCUUGUGUUAAUUGCUUCAGAUGGUGCUAUAGUAUUAAGCUGAGGUAUAAUCCAAUAGAACAAAGAUGUAGGAUAAGAGACUAGAGUCUGCAUCUGCUUCAUCUGCUUGUUGGUCUGUUUUGUUAUCUAAGACACUGUGAAAGAAUAUCAUUGAGGCUUUAAGCCCUUACAACUGAACCAAGUGCUUGUCCCUCUCCCUUUCAUUUCACAAGCUGUCUUCCAGCCUCAGCCACCCGUCUGAAUCAAGAUGUUACUUGACCACACGUGGAACUUUUAUAUCCUAUGUUUCUCAGAAAUCUUCAAAGAGAGUUAUUAUUUCACCAGAAGUUCUUUCACAAUAAAGAAUAUUGUUUGCAGUUUAAAAACCCCCAGAUAAUUGAUAAGAUUAGGACAACAUGACCGUUUCCAGUAAAGGUGUUUUCUGUUGCCUGUGGUCAGCAUGAUUUUGAUUUAUUUCAUGACAAAGUUGGAGAGUUGUAUUGUUCACAAAUACUUUUAUUAUACAAACCGUUAUUUAAAGUUUCCUUAGUUUUCAGCUGUUUCAUGCUCAAGGCAAAGUUUUCAGAGACAAAUAUAUUUAGAGAAGGGAACUCCAGUGGCCGUCCUGUUUGAGUAUCAACAGAAAAAAAGCUAUCUUAACUGGAAGAAUUGUUAGAGAUUCACUCAAGAGUCCAGUUAAAAUUAUGCAUGUGAGUGUGUGUUUGUUUGAAUGGCUAACACUGUGUGAAGGUGUUGCAUGAGCUGCUAUGAGUUGUCUCAACCAAGCCCCAUAAUUUUUGGUUUUUGUAAGAUUGAGAAAUGGAUAUCUGCAAAGUACUGUGGGCAAGGUCGGUUUGUUUUGUUUGUCUCUGAAGGGUCAGAUCAGAAGAACAGAUCUCAGUCUCUUAUCACCUCUCGCUAAUGUUUUCACAGCAGUAUUCAGUUACUUCCAUGUGCCGGAGGUUUAAUGGGAAAAAAAAUGUUUUUUCACUUUUUCACUUUUUUCUUAAACCUUGCUGCAAUUUGGAUAAAAGAUUUUAAGCUUUGUUAUUCAUGUGCCAUCUGCUGUUGGGCCUGUCUGUGUAGGCUACAUGUUGUUUCUGAUUAUACAAAAGCCAUACUGUAGAGUGACAGAUUUUAGACUCGGAACCUUGGAUAUUAGUCCAGGAUGGGGUUUUACAAUGCAGAAUCAAUGACUUGACCAGGGAACGACUAACACACACAAUGAAUGUUAGGUUUGUAAGGAACACAAGACUUUCCAAGAGUGUCAAAUGGUUAAGCUCAUCUCUGCACUCUGUGUUCUGCUAUUGUUCUACACAAAUGUUGGCUAACUGGUUCGUACUCAGCAAUCCCCCAGGUCGUGAUGUUUUUAAGACGUUUUAAGACCUAAAAUCAUUUGCUGUUUCUCAGGAUGUUAAUGUCUUGAAGAGAACCUGAAGAGAACCUGAAGACACCUUCAGGUACAAAUUCCUAACGUUAGUCUGCGUCUUAAAGACAUCAGUGUAAUUAAUGUUAACAAUGCUCAUUGUGAUACAGCUCGUGUAUUCCGAUCCUGGGUUGUCCUAUCCCCUUAUUGAGAAAGCGUUGUCUGUACUGUGGUGCAAACUGUUUCUGUGAAACUAUUGUAAACUAUUGUAAA